UCUCCCUCUCUCUCAUGUGAUAUAUUGAGUGAAUCAAAGUAAUUGACAGUCUACCAACUAAGAAUUAGAUCAUCAGUCCCCCAAAAGGAAAAAAAAAAGACAAUGGCCACCCAUGAGAAGCCAAAGAAAUUAGGUUCAUUCAUGAACUUCUACAAACCCAGCGCCGUCGCUGGCGCAACCAGCACAGGCAGGAUCGACUGUGUUGCAAAGUCCGACCCGUCGGCCUUCACAAACAAGUACAUCACGCGGGGCUGGACGCUGAGGAAAUCCCGGAAUUGCCCAGAAAGCAAACGUGGUGGCGAUCAGCAACUAGUCAGCGCAAACAGUGGCCGAGGAGGGGAUGGCGGUGGCGGCAGCGGUGGCGGAGGCGGAGGCGGAGGCGGAAAUGCGAACAUGGUGGUGGAGGCUAGGAAGUCAGUGUCGCACGUGGAGACGAACCUGGCGUCAGUGGUGGCGUUCUUGCAAGUGAAGGUGAUGGUGGCCGACAUGCCGGGGUUCAUGCAGGUCCAUGCAUUCAGGUGCGCGAGGAGGACGUACGACAGCUUGGAGAAAUUCAGCUCCAAACACAUGGCUUACAACAUGAAGAAGGAGUUUGAUAAAGUAUAUGGGCCGGCGUGGCACUGCAUCGUGGGGUCGAACUUCGGCUCCUUUGUGACCCACGCGACGGGGUGUUUCCUUUAUUUUUCGAUGGAGAAGCUCUACAUUUUGCUCUUCAAGACCAAAGUCCAGAAAGCUACCGAUUGAAGGGAAGAGGUUGUACUGUAAGAUCUGUCAUACCAUGCCCAGGCUUGCUGAAUAGUAAUGCUAAUGACACACUACCAAGAAGUUGUUACCUUCGCCUUUUCAGCGUUUUGUCUUCCCGCCUUUUGUCGUUCUACGAGAUUUGUACAUGAGCAAAGAUGUAAUGUUUGACUAUUCGCUUAUGUGAAUUCGUUGUUUAAUCACC